AUGCCAAAACCAACUACAACUUCUAUCUCAGAUUAUGAGUACAUAGCUCCCGAUGACGAUUAUUAUCAAAGUAUAUUUUUUCUUACUGCCGAAUACUCCAUAAAAGCCAAUUUCUAUCUUCAAGCCCCCACGAUAAUUGUGAACCUUUUCCAUUUGAUAGUUCUCUUUCAAAAAGAGCUGCGAUCUUCUUCCGUCUACAUUCUAAUGAUCGGAAUUUGUAUUUCUGACAUUAUUUCAACGUCUAUAAAUUUUUACUCUAAAGCUGGAGAGCUGGGAUAUGUCCCGAUGAUAUUCACUGGAACUUCUGGUUAUUCUUGUAUAAGAAGUGAUUAUAUGGGAGUGAAUCUAGGUGAAGAGUUAGUUACAACUGCAAGUCAAAUAUCACGCCGAUUAUUUUCGUGGCUUGCAGUUGUGAUGGCUAUUAUUAGGCUGAUAUCUGUAAUGUUUCCUAUGAGUGAGAGAGUUGACACUUUAACAAGUCCACAGGGAUCUGUGAUAACUUUGAUAAUAUGCGCGACGUUUUGGACAUUGUAUUCCACGUGGAAGUUUACAUUUUAUAGAGUAUUUUGGUUGCCAGAUAAUGCAGUCGAGAGCUGUAAACUCUAUGGACCACAAUUCAUAACUCCAGAGUACGUCCUAGCAGCUCCUGUGAAAAUGGACAGAAUGAUGAUUGAUUGGAGAAUUGUUGAGUUUUUUGUGAAUGUCUCCUCUGCAGUUAUUUAUCCACUUCUUACUGUUUCUUUGUUGAUAGCCCUACGCCAGAUCAAGAAAAGAAGGCAAAAUCUUCAAAGAAAAGAAAAUGAGCCAGCUGAUAAUACAACCAAAUUGAUAUUAUUCAUGACAAUCAUUUUUACGUUCUCAGAAGGGUUGAGUGGUUUCAGUGCAUUUUUCAUUUAUCAUAUUGAGACGAUAGCUAUACAUUAUCCUGAUCUCAUAAGCACAGCAGUCGCCUUGGAGUUUCCUAUUGCAGUCCUUAGAACGUUUAAUGCAUUUUCACACUUUUUCGUUUGCUUUCUCCUAUCAUCUCAAUAUCGAGAUGUGGUCAAAUCUUUGUUCACUGUUAGGAAAAAGGCUAAUCAAGUACUCUUUCAUAGAAGAUCUUUAUAA